AUGAUGUCCCGAGUCCUUCAUGUAAGCGCCUGGUCGUUUGGCAUGUUUGUCUUAUUUGCAUCGGCGCACCAGGGUAGCCCAGAAUGGGUGAAGUUUGUGUCUCUCAUGUCGUUUGCUCUAUGGCUCGCAAGUGGAGUUGUGCUUGUCUUGACGGAGCUCGAUGUGGUGACUCGCCGGCCGGUCUCCACAGCGCUCUUGUCCCUCGCAACUCACCUUUUCGUCGUUACAUGCGGCAAGGCAGAAUUCUUGGAGUCUCUGGUCGCUAUCCCGAUUGCGAUCAACAUUGCGACAGUGAUAGUGUUGAAUUGGGACCGCAUUCCCGAGUCAGAGGCACAAAUAGAAGCAGUACAGAAUCCCAUUGGAACUGCACUCUGGAACGCUUAA